AUGGCAGUUAAUAGAUUAGGGAUAGUCAUUGUUCCGUCGUGUUCUGGACAUCGUCUGUUCUCUCCUAACUAUGGGGGCACCUGCAGCGUCUCUUCGUCUGCCUAUUCCCGGUACUGGCGCGGACGAAUCAAUGUGGUAAAUUCAGCUCGCGGAUUAGUAAUCAUCUCAGGUUGUCUGUCUUCGUCGGAUUCUACAUCUCCACCGUCUUCGUCUAUCUCUGGUCCUAAUACGAAGCUCUACUUGAGUGGGCUUUCUUUCCGCACAACUGAAGAUAACUAAAGAAAAGCUUUUGAACAGUUUGGUAAGCUCACACUUGGUAACCCAUAACCCCCUCCCUUGUUCAACUUCUUCGUCAGAUCUUUUUUAUUAGGUGUCUGUUUAGUUACCAUGUACGAUGAUCAGGUAAGAAAACUCAAAAUGUAAUUCAUUUUCUUGAUUGUCUCCUUUUAGUUAACUUUUUUUUUUUUUUUUUUUUUUUUUGCUAAACCUUUUAGUUAACUUGGUGAUGGAUAAAGUAGCAAAUAGACCAAGAGGGUUUGCUUUCCUGCGGUAUGAAACAGAGGAGGAGUCAAUGAAAGCUAUUGAAGGGAUGCACGGAAAGUUUUUGGAUGGAAGGGUUAUAUUCGUGGAGGAAGCUAAACCAAUGUCAGAUAUUCAAAGAGCUAAACCCAGAUCAGACUUCAACAGAGCUCAGACUAAACGUCGUGUACCUUUCGCACCUGGUAGCUACUUUGAUCAUGUCUCCAUACUAUGAUUCUGUGUAAUUUUCAAUCUUCUUUUCACUUUUGAGGUCAUACAAUGUACUCAUUGCUUAACUCCUACCAAGAUUUCACUGAGGGAGACAGUCUAAAGUAAACUAAAGUCUGGAAAAAAAAUGCAUAUUUAUCUUUCAAAACAAAUGUAAUCAGUUUCCUUUA